AUUGAAAUGUGCGACAUGUGUGUUAGGUGGAGGCGGAGGAUGUAUUUGUGCGAGUUAGAAACGACUGAGGUGUACAGGUGUACGUACGAGUUGGGAACAAUAUAUGUGUACAUGUGUACAUCGUAGGUACACAUGUACACAAGCGCUCCUUUAUGUGGAUGCGUGGGAGGAACCGUUUGACGUUAGUGUGAACACUAUAACUUGUAAACGUGUACUUAAAGUAAAAUUAAUGUAUGAACUGACUUUCGUAUUGAUCUUUGUGUUAGGUUGAUUUGGUGUGAAGAAAAAUAGAAAGAAAACGAGGAAGAUGUGCGGUGGUGAGCGGAAGAUGAAGAUGUUGGGAACUUGGUAAAAUCUGGACCGCACAAAUGAAAAGUCAAAUUGUUAAUCUAAAGGUUGAAAAUUUUGAUAGAUAUAUGUCUUGUCAUAUAUAGCAGAAACAUUAUGGGCCGUCGGAUGGUGAGGGAGAUGUGCGGUGGUGAGCGGUUCCCGCCCUUCUACUUGUUGGGUCUUUUUGACUAGUAGUUACAGACGCACUAAGUUAGUUAGAAACAAGUGGAGAAAAGAGAGCUUGUUAGAAGAAACUGCCCCAGUAGCUGAAAGUGAUCCAAAGUGUUAUUAGAAACUUGUAAACUGCCUUAGAAUGUAAUUUUCUCUAUUUUAUUAUGGGCAUGUGACUCAGCCUUAAUGCCCUGUCGCUCACUAUUUAUUAACAGCAGCAAUUACUCUCUCUCGCUUCUUUCUCUUUCCAUUUCGCUGUGUCAAGUUUAAACCAAAGCCUCUUCACUUUUACCCUAUAAUAGUCUCCUACUACCUACACUUUCUCGCUCUUGAUCCACACUACUUACAAAAUGCAAUUUUCAAGAAACUCAAUACUUAGACAACGAAGCAGAAAAGAAGGUUGGAGGUCGGCUUCUAAAAGGUGGACAUCCGGAGAUAGUUCAACGGCCUUCACCGACGCAACAAGCUGUGGUGGUGGUUACUCUUCAAUGGAGGGUCUUUAUGGGGUCUACUCAAAUGGAGAUACAGCAACCAGAAGCAAGAGGGUGAUGGUUGUGGUGGAUGAGACUUCGAGGUCGAAACAUGCCAUGAUGUGGGCUUUGACGCAUUUGACUAAUAAGGGAGAUUUGAUGACUCUUCUCCACGUUGUGUCUCCUCAUGAUGAAGCUUCUCCUUCUUUGGUUCAAUCACUUGGUUCUCUUUGCAAAGCUUGUAAACCCGAGGAUUUCGGAAGGAAAGUUUUUCGAAAACAUCCAACAUGUAAUCAGGUGGAUGUGGAGGCGUUGGUGGUUCAAGGACCAAAGUUAGCAACUAUACUCAGCCAAGUGAAGAAACUUGACGUCACUGUUCUUGUUUUGGGUCAGAAGAAAUCUGCACCAUUCAUCUCCUGGUGCGUCAUCUCAACCCUUACGUGGACCCAGUAGAUCUGAGGAGCUCGUGAAUCGAUGCAUCAACGGUGCAGAUUGUUUGACGAUUGGUGUGAGGAAACAAAGCAACGGUGUUAGUGGCUAUUUGAUCAACACACGAUGGCAGAAGAAUUUCUGGCUUUUGGCCUAAUCACAGUCUCUAAUCUUAGCAGCCAUAGAUUGGAUAAUUAUCUUUUGUCUUAUAAGCUGUGUACCUCUUUGUAGUCCCAUGUGUUAACGCUGUGUCUUGUAAGAAAUUAAACAAAAUAUUUGUAUCCCGUUUGAUCCAUUCCAUCUUAUUUAGAACGCUGAUCCAAUAUCUUAAAUGUUCUAUAGUUUUCUUAUAAGAAUAUGUUUUUCAUAUGUUUA